AACGAAUCGGCAAGGUGAGAUUGGAACCGGUAUAUCUUCGGGCCGUCUCAAUGUACCUCUGGUCCUAUUACUCCGCACUACAGAAGCGACCUCUGACCCCGUGACUAACGAUUGCCUGCGCACCCAUCAACAGCAUUCUUUGGAAGUGAAUACUCACCUAUCUCCCUCUGAGGUUAUUCUGAGCCAAUAAGGGUGUCAAGACCCUCACUUGAGUCUCCGUGGAUCUCUCAUCGCACAAUGGCCUCUACGAAGCUCACAGCAGCUCUGGAGUCCGUGGCAGACAGUUCGACUGCGGUCAAAAGCCAGACCUACAAUGACUUGCUCUCUCAAUUGACCACUUCACCGCCCUCUUCAGCCGAGCAGCAUGCUGAGAACUUGAUCGCUUACAUUGAUGCAGUCCUCUCGUCUUCUGUCGGAAUCAUCGUCAUCCGCCCUAUCCUUGCGAGCCUCAUCAAGUCUCUUUCGUCGGUUCCUCCAGAGGUCAAGGUGCAGGUGGGAAAACAUCUCGCUGAAUCCUUACAGCCUCAGCUGGCGUCAUACGAAGAGCAGGAUGCCGCAGUCAGACAGAUAUUGGCAGAUGGAUAUGAAGCAGAGGAAGAAUACACCGCGGCUGCAAAAGCCCUACAAGGUAUCCAUCUCGACACGACACAGCGACAGGUCUCGGACCGAUCGAAGGUAGAAACGUGGAUACGGAUCGUGAGAUACUUCCUCGAAGAUGAUGACACUGUCGCAGCAGAGACGGGCCUCAACAAGAUCAAGAACUCGGCGGCAGCAGCACAAGUCUUGAAAGACUCGCCCGACCUGCGACUACUGUAUCAAUUAUCGCAGGCACGGAUCAUGGACUCCCGACGAGACUUUCUGAACGCUUCAGCAGAGUAUUUGCAGGUAUCCUUCAACUCGAUGGCCGUUGAAGACGAUCGACGUCAAGCACUUUCUGCAGCGAUCAAGACAGCCAUCCUCGCUCCUGCAGGUCCACAAAGAAGCCGCACCUUAGCCAAACUGUACAAGGAUGAGAGGUCAGCCGAAAGUGAAGAGUACGGCAUCCUGGAAAACAUGUUCUUGGACCGGCUGCUCUCGCCUGUAGAAGUGGAGGCUUUUGCGUCAACACUGGCACCUCACCAGCUAGCCAAGACUGCCGAUGGUAGUACGGUGCUGAGCAAGGCUGUCACUGAACAUAAUCUCCUUGCCACUAGUCGCCUCUAUGAGAAUAUCACCACUGCUGCCCUUGCGGAGAUUCUUGGCCUCAAGGACGGCAAAGACGAGACGGCCGCAGAAAGAGCAGAAGAUUAUGCCGCCAGGAUGGUUGAGCAGGGCAGAUUAAGAGGCGAGAUUGAUCAGAUUGCUGGUGUCAUUGUGUUCGAAACCAUCCCUGGUGUCGAACUUCAAGGCCCAACUCGGGAUCUUCGCGAAUGGGAUCACAAGGUGCAAGGGUUGGUGGAAAACGUCGAACGUUGCGCUGCUGGCUUGAGUGAGAGCUUUCCGGUAAGAUAAGCUGAUGAUGUAAGUACGGAACGCAUGGCUAAUCCACUGGUGUCAGGAAUUGGCUGCAGAACAGAUGGUACAC